CUUAGCAGAGCAGACCUCUCUAGAGGACGAGGAACCAGGCACAAAAUUCUGCACUUUUACAAUAUACUCAAAUUAACCAACACGAGCAUCAAGCAUGUUGUGUGAAGGCAGUUUGUGGUGUGUGGCAUUUUCCUCCAAAUUUGACUCUGUGGAUCCUCCUACAUGCUGCUCAGUCAUUGAGUCUCAAUCCCCACCACUGGCCUCCACUCUGUUGGGCCAGACUCCGCUCCCAGUCAGCUCCUCCAGAGAGCACCAGUCCCACCAGGGAGACUCCCAGUCUUCUUCUGUAGCCCCCGUGGAUUCCCGGCAUCUAUCUCCAGGUGUAGGCAUUCCUGGUCGGACAGGGUCUCCUGGCCCAGAGACAUUCCUGGUGCCAUCCAGCUGCCACAGCAUCUGCCAGCACUACAGUGACCUGCAUAUCGCUGGUGGCCAAGUGCUGCCUCUCAGUCCCAGUGCAGAGGAUCCACAAAACAGCUACCUGCAGGAACCUCACCCAGGGCCCUUUCUGGUAUCUGGAGAUGUCCCUCCCCCUUCCCUGCUCCCUCCCUUGCUCCCUGAGACCAGGAGCUCUAGGCACUGGAGGGAGGGUAGUGGCCGUGAGCGUGCAUCUCUGCUGCAGGCCAGCCGGCCCCUUUCCAACUCCCAGCUCAACGUCUACCUGGAGCAGAAGCUGCUGGAGUUGUACAGAGAGUACCUGAGUGAGGGCCCCGCGGGUCCGCGGCCUGUCAUGGCCUCCGAGCUGCUGCAGUGCAGCCUGGAGCAGAUGACCCUGCAGCUGAGCCGAGAGCACAAGCUGGAGACGACGCGAGCUAAAGACAUGCUGCUCAGCUGCCUGCUGAGAGCCACCAGCAGCCAGCAGUCCAGCGAGAUCAGCACCCCACUGCUUCAGAUCUCCACCCAGACGAAGUGUGAUCAGAACCCCACUGCUGGAGACCUCCACCCAGACAAAGUGAUGAGGAAAGAGCAGGAAGACUUUGGGGGGGGGGGGGGGGGGGGGGGGUUGUAA